CUUGCGCGCAUCACUCACUUGCUGCAGGAAAAAGAUGGCAGACGUUACAGAGGUGGACGCAGAGACUCUUAGCAAAAAGUAAGCCAAUCUCGAUUCUCUCUUCUAUUGGAAAAAAUUUAUGAAGACGUGUGCAACAUGUUGAUGGUGUGUGUUUCACUUCCGUGUUAUUAUUCGAUAAAAAGUAGUAGGAUAGUGUUGCGUCAGAUCGGAUAAAGCUCGAUGGAAAAACUAGUGUUCCAUAGCGAAUGUGCAUACACAUUUUCCAAUGGUCAUUUCGGUUCAAGCGGCAUAUCGCACAUACAUGCUCUUCAUCCUAGUCUGUGAAUGGAGAUAACUACAAAACUUAUAUUUCAUCGUAGAAAUUACCCAAGCUAAGUUGCUGAUCUGAAGUUCCUUAUUUUCAUGUAAGUUUAUUGACAAAACCACGUUUCAGCUAAAUAAAUGUUGCCAACUUCACCAACCUUUCAGGUCAUACUCAUGCUAUUUAUGUGGGGAAAUAUUGAAGUAAUCAGCUUUAUGCAUCCAGGCUAAAUAUCCUAUCUCACUUCCAUAAUGUGAUGGCUUGGUAACUAGUGGAUUUAGCUAGCUACUACUAGGCUAUGUUGCCUAAUGACUGAUCAGCUCAGAAUGAAAGUGAAAAUGUUCUCCGUACCCAAUUGUCAUACUUUAGUAAAAGUAAAAGUAAAAAUACCUUAAUAGAAAAGGACUCGAGUAAAAGUGAGUCAUCCCAGUAACAUCCUACUUGAGUGAAAGUCUUUGGUUUUAAUUAUACUAAAGUAUCAAAACUAAAUGUAAUUGCUAAAAUAUACUUGGGUAUCAAAAGUUAAAGUAUAAAUAAUUUCAAAUGCCUUAUAUUAAGCAAACCAGAUGGCACCAUUUACAUUUUUUUACAGAUAGCCAGGGGUAUGCUCCAACACUCAGACAUAAUUUACAAAUGAAGCAUUUGUUUAGUGAGUCCGCCAGAUCAGAGGCAGUAGGUAUGACCAGGGAUGUUCUCUUCAUAAGUGUGUGAAUUAGACCAUUUUCCUGUCCUGCUAAGCAUUCAACAUGUAACGAGUACUUUUGGGUGUCAGGGAAAAUGUAUGGAGUAAAAAGUACAUAAUUUUCUUUAGCAAUGUAGUGAAGUAAAAGUUGUCAAAAAUAUAAAUAGUAAAGUACAGAUACCCGAAAAAACUACUUAAGUAGUACUUACAAGUAUUUUUACUUAAGAACUUUACACCACUGAGUAAAAGUCUAAAAGUAUUUGGUUUAUAUAUACGUAAUUAUCAAAAGGAAAAGAAAAUGCUUGUUUUUUUGGAACACUCAAACAUGGACAUCCGUUUUCAAGAUUUCUGGUAUAUCAUCAAAAUAAAUCAAUCACAGCACAUUUUUAGACUCAUUCAAUAGUUUUUACCUUAUUUAACUAGAAUACUAUUGGAAAUGAAUGUUAUGUUUUAGGAAUAACAAUGGAACUUAAGUUGAAAAUAGUAAUCAUAGUGCCACAAUAGUAAUCAGAUAUAUAUAUAUAUAUAUAUAUAUAUAUAUAUAUAUAUAUGGUGUAUCAUACACUGCAGUUGAGUAACAAUGGGAAAGUAAUUCUGCUUUGAAAGUUAAUAAACUUAUAGCACCACUUUUGAGAAAUGGGCAUUGAAUGUUUUGAUACACCUACUGGAGAGCUCUUCUUUGUCUACACCAUUCAGCAUAGUUCACACCCUAUUAAACCUUCGCCCCACCCAUCUCUUUAAGGAUUCAAAUGUAAGGCCAUGUGCUAAACAAAGUAACAAUAGUGUAGGAAACAACCAAAGAUUUCAAGACUAAAAGUGGUGAAAGUAGUAGUAAAAAUACACUUUAUCUAGGAUUAUAUCCUAAUCUGACGUUCUUUACAUUACCGUCUCUGGUAAACACACACUAUAUCAAAUAAUCUUAAAUUACAGAAGGUGUAAACGGUACAGUGAAAUGGAUAUUUGCAUAGUAGCAAUGUCAAAAAUGUAAAGUGUCCACAUAGAAAUAUUGUAUGAAUCUUUUAUAAUUAUUAGAUUAUGCUUACCCAGACACACUUGUCUAAAUUAAUGGGUAAUGUGAAAUAAAUGCUAAAGCCACAUCUAUCUAAGUGGAUGGGUCACUAUUGUCAAGACAUGUACACAUGUUCAUGAAAUACAAUAGAUUGCCAUAAUAACCCCCAGACACACCUGGCUAACUUGAUGGGUUGUGUAAUCAUCUGGCGACGUGGAGUCUUUUUUGUUUAGAUAUGAACCAUAAUCCCAACCCAUACAGUACAAACGGAAUGACAUACUGAGCAGCUCAUGUUAUAGACAGAAGCAUGCUACAUGGCAGACCAAUCCGAACUCAUCUCUCGGCAUGUCCAGCCCAUCUAUUAUUUCAGCCAAUCAUGGCCAGUGAGAAGGUUCCUGUCUUUUUCCGUGGCUAAACCAACUAGGCUUGUAAUUUACAUUUUAAAAUUUAAAUUACAGAUGGCAUACAAGAUGGCAUACAGACGGCAUACAAGUUUGUUAUUAAGGCACAUAAAAGUUCACAUGUUCCAGAAGGCUAUCUUGUGAAGUAGUGACGUGCAACAUUCGCCUAGCUUCCUGAAACGUGUCAUAUUUUGAUUUGGGGGUCACUAAACAGAAAGGGAAAUGCAACACUUAUUUGUCAAUCACUCAUAUUGUUAUCACGUUGUAAUCAAUAGAACAGGGGGGGGGGGUCAGGUUGAAAAUCCUGUUCAAACUAACCCUACUGAAAGACCACAUGGAAUCUGGGAAUAAUGUGCAUAUCACUGGUUAGAGGACAACUUGUAGAAAUCAGGCAGCGUGGGUCGCCAACGCGGAAAGGUAAACACAACACUAUUUUGUUAAUCACUCAUAUUGAUAUCACAUUAACGUCAAUAGAACAGGGGCAAACAUUUGGGUUGUAUGCGCUGUUUAAAGUGGAACUGACAGCGCUUUAACUACUUUGCAAAUAUGGAUAAAAAAAACUAAUAAUCCUGGGAAGACGAUACAAUUAAACUAGCAAGGCAAUGGUCACAUGUCAGUCAUAACGUAAUUUUUUGCUGUUGCAGGCUUGUCUUGUGUGACUUAGUCAUAAGUCUGGGCGUACAUAUAAGAUCCGUUUGGGUGCGACCGCAGCAUGUAAGACAUCCCGUGGUUUUACUAUCUGCAGGAAGUCAGCUGUAUGGAAACUUGCAGAAACUAGCACAUUAUAUUGUGAACUGUGACAAAACGCAGUUAUGCGGUUAAGCCCUUCCUAUCUUAAUCUGCACAGACAAACCAAUCGCCUUUUACACUAUGUUCCGCUCCUGUUACCACACAUCUGCUAAACUGCCACGUAGACAAGAGGUUGCACUUUUUCUAUAAAAACGGAGACCCAACUAUGUUUGUUGGGCAUUUCACUCUGCACUAUUUUAGAGAUUGUUGAUUGCUAAGUUUUUUGCUAAUCUUAUAAUAAAGUUGUUGUUUGACGAAUCUACAGGCUCUCUCCUGGUUAGAAAUGUUAGCUAGCUAGCUAAGGAGGAUGUCAUUGGGUGAGUGGCCGACUUUUUCCCCUCAUAUCGUUUUUUUCGGUGGCUACAGCUAGAGAUGCAGGUGUCAUUUGGUUAGCUAUCAAUAAAUGUGAGUCACUUUGCUAGCUAUCUAGUUAGCUAUUCUGAACUUGAAUGAUUAUUAUCCAGUUAGCAUAUCUCUUGCGUUCGUAAAUUCAAUGUGGCUAUCUACUCCGAUUUCAGAGCACUCUCGUCUGAGUGUGCCAGAGCGCAGAAUAACUGAUGAAUUUACGAACACUCAACACCCGCUGAAUAUGCCUGGUGUCAGUAAACGUGGGCAAAAAAAGUAAUUAAAUUGUUGCCACUAGCACAGUUAGUCACUAACGCUCUAGAUAACAUGUAAACAGUCUAACCAGCUCUGCUAGGGCGAGUAAAAUGGUCAGCGUGAGGUGGCCAGUUAGCUUGGUGUUUGACUGCCAUUGUGAGGAACGAUCAGAUCAACCCUACUCCUCAGCCAUAGCGUCCAGUGUGUGUGGCUCUGAAUGCUCGAAGAGCGAAACGCUCUGCAUUUACGAACGGAUCAUCUGAAAAAGCGCUGAAUUUACGAAUGACCCAGAGCGCGCUGACCCACUGAAGGUAAUUUAUGAACGCACCCUUAGUUAUCAAUCAAAUGUAUUUGGCAUCGAUCAAAUGGGCGGGCAGGCAAGUUCCCAUUCAGUUGUCAAAAUGUGGGUUGGGGACAAGCAUGCAUUGGCAGGCAAGCUGGAGAAGGACGAGCAGGCUACUAUUCCCCAUUGUUUAUCAGUGUAAUUUUGACGGCUAACUUGCUGAAAAAGUUUGAGAGGGUUUAUCUAUUGUUCCCUCGUUAGAGUUUAGCUCAUCUUGCUCUGGCUAGCAUUAGUUGUUGAUCUUGUUGUUGUUAAUGUGCAUAACUGAGGGAGAGGGAGCCUACCCUUUCAUCGUUGUUUGAUCAAUAGGAAUGUAAAGUUUCCAAAUGUAAGAGGACUCCCGUGGUAUUUACAUAUUUAUAGAAAUCCAUUCAGGUGUAUUUUGUGGCUUUUGGCGAAUGCGUUCAAAUUAUCUAAAAUCGCGCUGUUGCCACUGCUUGUCAACACAGUCCAGUUCAACGUGAAUGAUGGGAGGCCUGUGUGGCAUAAAGGCCUACUGUAGCUCUGAUAUGGCUAUUGUGCAUCGGUCUGCGUAGACUCCGGUCCUGGAUGAAACAGAUGUUUUUAUUAGGUUUUAUUUACUGCAGUAUCUAUUAAUUGUCCAAACGCUUUGCCACUUUCCCACUCUAUAUUGCGAUAGUUUUCAAACGGCAUUCCCAAACAUUCUAUUAAUUUAUUAAGACGUGAAAAUGACCAUAUCUAAGUGCUCACAUUGUCAGAAAAUGUAAAAAAUUAAUGAAAAUAAAAGUUGUGUUGCUAAAACGCUGUCAGUUCCACUUUAAACAAACAAUAUUCAAAUGCCACACGAAAUCUGAGCGUUUUUAUAUCACCUGGUUAGAAGAUAAUUUACUUAAGACGUCGGAUGGAGAUUCUGGGAAGGCUGCCGAAACGGGAAAGAAGCAAAUCAGUUGCUUUGUUAUUUAACUUAACCUGAAUCACGACCCAAAAUAGGAUAUCAACGCUGACAAGGGUUGCCUGUUGAUUUUGAAUGAUAGUUUGACUCUCAAAUCCAUGUAUUGGUGUGAGGCCAGGGACUUUUAUAGAGAGACCUCCCGAUAUAUCUCAGGGCCAUUUGAAGAUGACUGCAGAGUUUUCGAACUGCAAAUUCCUGCAACUUUUACUCCUAUGUAGUGGAGUAAAAGUUGCAGAGUUUUCGAACUGCAAAGUCCUGCAACUUUUACUCCUAUGUAGUGGAGUAAAAGUUUACCAAAUAUAUAAAUACCCCCCCCAAAAAGUAUUUCUACUUACUUUACACUACUGUUACUAAACCCAUUUACACUGAACGAAAUAUAAACGCAGCAUGUAAAGUGUUGGUCCCAUGUUUCAUAAAAAAUCCCAGAAAUGUUCCAUAUGCAGAAAAAGCUUAUUUCUAUGCCCAGUUGUAUGAAAUCCAUAGAAUAGGGCCUAAUUUACUACUUGAAAUUGAUUUAUUUUUCUUAUAUGAACUGUAACUCAGUAAAAUCUUUUAAAGUUUUUGGAUGUUGCGUUUUAUAUUUUUGUUGAGUAUAAAAACAUCUAACCCUGCAUAGUCAUUUACGCAGAGACAUGUUAAGCAGCAGAAGCAUCAUUCUUUUUUUAGUACAUGGCCUUUUCAUUUAUAUUUUAUUAGAAAAACAUUCAGUGCCUUAGAAAUAAUAUGACGUGGGCCAAAGACGGCUGUGCUCGGUCUCUCUCCAGGUCUGGUCAUUGACUGGUGUAGCUCAGUAGGUCAGCCUGCCUCACCAUGCUCUGGUGGUCAGGACUGCCAGGCACCAGGUGUGCCAAGCCUUUGGGGUCAGGGCUCAGGGGGUAAAGUUUGCUCUCCCCAGCACAGCAUCAGUCCCAGCUCUAAUUCAGGGGAAUCGCUGGCGAGGUGACAAAAGGUUGGUGGCUUUUCCAUUCAAUGAGAAAAACAACCAACCUUUUGUCAUAAAUGAUUCCCUUUUAGGCGUUACUUGCAUGGCUUUAUAAAGUAGUCUCCUGAGUAGUCCCCUUAACCCUGAUGCUGAGUCCACUAGAUACCCUGAUGUUACCCUCUGUGUUGUUGUCAGUGAGCUGAAGAGGCGAAUGAAAGCUGAGAAGAAGGCAUCUGAGAAGGAAGCCAAAGUCAAAGAGCAGGUUGAGCAGACGGAGACCAAUGACCAGGCGGAUCAGAAUGCAUACGGGGCAGAUGAGGAGACCCUGGACCCUAACGUGAGCUAUAUGCAUGUUUAUGAUCGUCCUUCAUUCCCUCUUGUGAUUUGCUUGAGAACAUUUGACUGCUCAUCUUAGUAGAAUAUUUUAAAUAGGGUUGCAGUAAUUGAGCUCUUGAACAUUUGCAGUAACCUCACUUUAUAUUGUUAAUCCCAAAAGCAAUACUUUAAGAUCCGCACCCAAGCCAUCCAGGCUCUGAAGGGCACAGCAGAGGACCCAUACCCUCACAAGUACAAUGUAGAUCUGUCGCUCACAGAGUUCAUUGAGAAGUACAACCACCUACAGCCUGGAGACCAGCUAACAGACAUUGUCCUCAGUGUAUCAGGUACUGACAACAACUGUUUUCAACUAUUGUGAUUUGGAAUAAUAUGAUGUUGUCAUUUGAUGGUCAAGCUGUAUUUUUGACAUAUGUGAAACUCUGUUGUUGGCAGGUCGUGUCCAUGCCAAGAGAGAGUCCGGGGCCAAGUUAAUCUUCUAUGACUUGCGAGGGGAAGGCGUCAAGCUGCAAGUUAUGGCAACCAACAGGUACAGAACAUGGCCCUUCCCAGAACUCCACUAUUCAUGGGGGCUCAAAUACCUCCCACAUGUAUAUUUUCUAACCCUGUCUGUCCAUGUUCCCUGUUAGGGGCUACAAGUCUGAGGAGGAGUUUGUGCGCAUCAACAACAAGCUGCGGCGUGGUGACAUCAUUGGUGUUCGUGGUAACCCGGGGAAGACCAAAAAGGGCGAGCUGAGCAUCAUUCCCAUAGAGAUGACCCUGCUUUCACCUUGCUUGCACAUGCUGCCCCACCUCCACUUUGGUCUCAAGGACAAGGUGAGCACCUUCACAAUCCUGUAGUGGAACAUACAGAAAACAUGUCAGGCUUUCAUAUGAAUGAGAGAUGAUAGAGUACACCUUUAAUUCAUGUAACCAGCAGAAGAAAUUGCCUUUUUUAGGGAUCCUCACCCUUUCUCUAACCCAUUGCCUCCAGGAAACACGAUUCCGCCAGCGAUACCUGGAUCUGAUUCUCAAUGACUCUGUGAGGCAGAAGUUUGUAACACGUGCCAAGAUCAUCACUUACCUCCGCAGCUUCCUGGACGGGAUGGGAUUCCUGGAGGUGAGGGAAAUGGCCAGUAGGGGGCACUUGUGUUUAACAAUUUUUUUAAAAGGAUGUCAGGGAAAUGAGGGAGUGUGGAGGAGUUCAGGUUAAGAGUUCAAGAGUGGUAAAGCUGUCUUCUCUUUGAUUUGGAAAGUACAUUUUAAAGGGUUAUUUUUCACAAACAGGGUUUUGGUGAUGAGUAACUGACUGUAAAACCACAACACACGUUUCUUACAGAUUGAGACGCCCAUGAUGAACCUGAUUCCUGGAGGGGCCGUGGCCAAACCCUUUGUGACCUACCAUAACGACCUAGACAUGAACCUUUACAUGAGGAUCGCUCCUGAGCUCUACCACAAGGUAACAUGUCCCCCGAGGAAGGACCAACAACGCAUUUAAAAAAAAAUAAACUCCAUGCUCAUAUUUCCGUGUCUUCUUUCCCCAGAUGCUUGUGGUCGGGGGGUUUGACAGAGUGUAUGAGGUUGGACGGCAGUUCAGAAACGAAGGCAUUGACCUCACCCACAAUCCAGAGUUCACCACCUGCGAAUUCUAUAUGGCCUAUGCAGAUUACUAUGACUUGAUGGAUAUCACAGAGAAGCUUCUCUCGGGUGAAUGAAGAGGGUGUUUCUACUUCAACAUUCUGGAAUGUGAAUAUAUAGUGUUACUCACAGUGACAUGUAGGUGUGUAGCUGCUAGGUUCCAUUACUAACUGGUCCGCUCUCUCUCUUCCCAUCAGGGAUGGUCAAGCACAUCACUGGAGGAUACAAAGUGAAGUAUCAUCCAGAGGGUCCAGAGGGCCAGACCUGUGAGAUUGACUUCACUCCUCCCUUCAGGAGGGUCAGCUUGACACACGACCUGGAGAAGGAGAUGGGCGUCAAGUUCCCAGCUGCUGACACCUACGACAGUGACGGUAAGAGAAUGAAUGCCGGUCAAUACAGUGCCACAGUUAUACCUCUAUAUAUUUAUAGAAUUUCCUAGGUUGUCUUACUGACCUGUCCCUCUCCACCCACCCCAGAGACCCGUAAAUUCUUUGAUGAACUGUGUGCCCAGAAAGGAGUGGAGUGCCCUCCUCCUAGAACCACUGCCCGCCUCCUUGACAAGGUGCCCAUUCUAAUCUACAUCAGGAAACUCCCCUCCUAUACCCCUUCCGUGUUGUUGACAUCAUGACUAAACUGAAGUUGAUGUUUAUCCCUGCAGUUGGUGGGAGAUUUCCUGGAAGUCACGUGUAUCAACCCCACGUUCAUCUGUGACCACCCACAGAUCAUGAGCCCCCUGGCCAAAUGGUGAGCUCUUCCUAUCCAUAUUACACUAAAAAACAAGCAACAAUGCUCUUAUGGACUGCAGGUUACCAUUUGAAACAGUCAACAUAGGUCUUGCAGUGCCCCCUGCUUGUCAAUGCAGAUGUCUCUAGCUGUGCUCUCCUUGAUCUCUCCCCAUACAGGCACCGGUCAGAGAAAGGCCUGACGGAGCGUUUUGAGCUGUUUGUAUUGAAGAAGGAGAUCUGUAAUGCCUACACUGAGUUGAACGACCCUAUCAGACAGAGGGAGCUCUUUGAGCAACAGGCUAAGGUCAGUGUGCCUUGGCGAGUCGACUGAGUAACGCUACAAACUAUGUAGUAGUAGGGGCCACUAAACUGACACAUUUCCCCCAAAUUCUUGCCUUACGUCAACUUAGUAACCAUUGGUGCUUCAUUUUCUUUGUGAUAUUUUCCUGUUUAUGAGUCACCACCCUGUAAAUCUUGAUGAGCUAUUUAGUUUUAGUACCGUCUGUUUCUCAUCUAGCUACUGUGUGUAUGUUUGUUUUAUUAGGCCAAGGCAGAGGGUGAUGACGAGAGUAUGUCCAUUGAUGAGACUUUCUGCACGGCACUAGAGUAUGGCCUGCCACCAACUGCUGGCUGGGGCAUGGGCAUUGACCGCCUUACCAUGUUCCUCACAGACUCCAACAACAUCAAGGUACAGUUAUAAUACAUACAGGCAGAGGCCAAUAUAGAGCCUGUGCAAUCUCUAAAGCCUGGUUCACACUGUAGGCCUUAAUGCUCAAAUCAAUGUAGUUUUUCAAGUUCUAUUUUUCAAGUGACCAAAUAGGAUUUGUGUGUGUUCAGACGGCAGUAAUUUGCUGUCAUGGCUAUGCUAGUUGCCAUAGUAAUGACUGAUGUGUGCGCAGUAGUGUAGGCUGAUUGGUGGUGGUGCUCCCUGCUUCCUAUCACUCAGAAGUUAUGUAGCCAGCUAAGGGACUACAAUGCCUGCCAUGGAUGUUUCCCAGUUGCUUUAAAUGUUCAAAGUCAUAGUGUAAGAACACUUACAAAGCCUCAAAGGAUAAGAUGAUGCAACUUUCAAAAGGAGUCCAUUUUGGCUAACCACAACAGUCUGCUAGCUAGGUAGCUGUUUAGUUUUCUAGCACAUUCAGUUAUUUGUUUGUAAACCAUUAACAAGCUAGUUAGCUACCACAUGUUCUUAUCAAACUGUCAACAGAGUAGCUAGCAAGCAACAAGAUAUGCCAAAUAAAUCUGAUUUGACCGUUCAUACACAAGUUGCAUGGCCAAGACUUAGAUUUGUAUGACCUACGAAGGUGGUUUGAAAUGUGGCUUGAAAUAUCCGAUUCCAUGUGCUUUUUGGCUGUUCAGACUGCAGGAAAAAGAACAGAUUUGAAAUGGAUUUGCAAAAAACAAAAAGGAUUUCAGGCUUUAGACAUGCAUGUUUAUUAUUAUGUGGUAUGGGACACUGUAUCGAUGAUUGUUUACACACAUGCACAUACACUACAAACUUGAAUACACUUCAGCAGGACUCUGUGUGUGUGAAACCACCUGAUGUUAAUUCUGUUUCACAGGAGGUGCUGUUCUUCCCUGCCAUGAAGCCUGAUGACAACAAGACAGCCCCUCUCACAGAGGGCACCUCUGUGUAGUAUUGUGACCUCGCCUGCUGGCAGAUCUCUGCAGGGGUUGGCAUGGUGAUGAAGCCUGGGGAAAUAAUCAGAUUGGUCUGUUGGUCUCACUGUGGGUCCCGGUGGCAUCGACUGUUUUCUAUUUUAUCAUAUGGUUUGAAUCUUGCAAUCUGCAUUAAGGGAAAUAAGUUAAUUUUAAAUUGUUUUUCCAUCAUUACAUAGUUGAAAACAUAAAUUGUGUGCUGUUGUUGCCUUGUAUUACCUUGCGCUUUGUCUCUUUUCUGUCUUCCCUCAGUGUGGUGGACAUCCAAGCCCAAAGUAAUGUCAGUGAAUAAGGGUUCUGGACAUGUUUGUUGUGUUCUGUUAUUGUAUGCCAUGCAGUCUGACUACUUUUUAAAAAAUGGUUCACCCACACAACUGCCAUUGGCACAAAAAUAAACUUAAUGACAAAAAUGUGA